UGUUAGCAUGAAUUAGUUUCGCACCGUCGCAUUGUCGUACUCAGGAGUUUCUUACUUUCUUUAUCUUCUCUAAGCUAAUAAGAAGGCCCGCGAACUUCCAAAAUUAGGGUUUCUUAUUGAGCAACAAUCAAAUUCCUUUCUUGGAUAUUUAAACAAUCAGACUGGCUGUUGUUUUUGUCCCAUGCCAGUAUCUUUAUUUUGAGAAUUUCAUUGCUUCAUUAUUGUUGAUUUUUUUGACCUGCUGAGCAUCAUCAGUCCUUUUCAUAAUCAUUCGUUUUUCUCUCUUGCCUGUCUCUAUUUCUAUUGUUACUUAAUGAUAUCCCAUAGUUGAUUGUCAUUCACAUUGCAACUCCUUGGAUCCAUAUCUGAUGGAAAACAUUCAUUUGAGAUUCUUAAUCUGCAACUUCAUUUGGCCUCUCAUUUUGUUUCCACCUUUCCAUUCUUGUACUCUUCCUUUUGUGAAUGCUUCUGGCUUCUGUGCUUCCUUCGCAGUCGCCUUGCAAGCUUGUUUUUUUAGACAGAUAAUAUGCCAAGAACAAAGGGGAGUGUUGAUGGUGCUGAUAAACAAGAUGAACCUGAAAAGCCUCUAGAAUCCGAUGAAGGUGUUGACCUUGAUGGAGACAAUGAACAAGAGGAGUCAAUGGAGGAAGAGGUUGAGUAUGAAGAAGUAGAGGAAGAGGAGGAAGUAGAGGAAAUAGAGGAAGAGAUAGAAGAGGAGGUCGAAGAAGAGGAAGAAGUUGAGGAGGAUCCUAGUGAGACCGAUGCACGAAAAGAUUCAGACAGUGAAGAGGAUGAAGAUGAUGAAAACAAACAUGCUGAGCUUCUUGCACUUCCUCCUCAUGGAUCAGAGGUGUAUCUUGGUGGCAUUCCUCUUGAUUCCAAUGAAGAGGAUCUCAAACGGUUUUGUGAAUCUAUUGGUGAAGUCACAGAAGUGAGGAUAAUGAAGGGAAAGACAAUGGGUGAUAGCAAAGGGUAUGCUUUUGUGACAUUCAGAUCAAAGGAGUUAGCUUCCAAGGCCAUUGAAGAGCUGAACAAUUCUGAUUUUAAGGGAAGGAAGGUAAGAUGUUCAACAUCUCAAGCAAAUCACCGAUUGUUUAUCGGCAAUGUCCCAAGAGACUGGGACGAGGAAGAUAUGAGGAAGGUUAUUAAGAAGAUUGGACCUGGGGUGAUUUCCGUCGAAUUGUUGAAGGACCCACAAAACUCCAGCCGGAAUCGUGGUUUCGCUUUCAUUGAGUAUUAUAAUCAUGCUUGUGCAGACUACUCCAGAAAAGAGAUGUCAAACCCAGAAUUUAAACUUGAUGAUAAUGCUCCAACAGUUAGCUGGGCUGACCCAAAAAAUGCAGGAUCAUCUGCUGCAUCACAGGUUAAGGCAUUGUAUGUCAAGAACCUUCCAUCUGAUAUUACUCAGGAUAGCUUAAGGCAGCUGUUUGAGCACCAUGGUAAAGUAACAAAAGUGGUUAUCCCACCUGCAAAAGCCGGACAUGAAAAGAGCAGGUUUGCUUUUGUUCACUUUGCAGAGAGAUCAAGUGCCAUGAAGGCAUUGAAGAACACUGAGAAAUAUGAAAUUGAUGGCCGAGCUUUGGAGUGCUCUCUUGCAAAGCCUCAAGCAGAUCAAAAGUCUUAUGGAGGGCAAGAUUUUCAGAAUUCUGUAUUGCAACCAACCUUCCCACCUCGGCUUGGUUAUGGUUUAGCUGGGGGUGCCUAUGGUGCUCUAAAUGCAGGAUAUGGUGCUGCUGGCUUAGCACAGCCAAUGAUAUAUGGUAGGGGACCAUCCCCUGCUGGGAUGGCAAUGAUGCCCAUGCUUUUGCCUGAUGGAAGGAUUGGAUACGUCUUGCAACAACCUGGAAUGCAACCUCAGAUUUCUCCUCUAUCACAGCCUCGUCCAGGUAGAGGUGGUGGUAGCAGCACAAGUGGUGGAAGACGAAGCAACGAGAGUAGCCGGGGCCGGGGUCGUGGCCGUGGCCAAAGCCGGUACAAUCCAUACUAACUUGAUUGCGUUCUAGUAAAGUUUUAACUGACGAAGGGGAAGGAGGAGAAUGUUUGCGCUAGAUAGAAAUUAUUUUUACUAAUCAAUAAAGGAUUUAUCUGGUGUAUGAGAUAGAAUGUUAUGCAAUGGAAGUGGAAUGUUAACGAGCUAGAGAGCGGAUAAGCCAAUUCCAAUGCUUAAUCUUCUGCUUGAUGCUUUCCAGUCAGCUCAAUCAAUUGUUGUCUGUAAAUCUUAAAUUGCAUGUGAACUGAUAUGAAUGUUUGUGACAUAACUAUAUCAUGAGGUUUAGCUUAUGAUAUGGGUUAAACAGUAAAUCAAAUGUUUUUUUUAUUUCAA